UUUUUCGGGGCCGCGGCCUCAGCUCGAGGAGGUGCUUUAGUCUAAAGAUGGCGGCUUCAGCAGCGAGGGGUGUUGUGGCGCUGCGUAGAAAUAUCAAUCGGCCGGUUGUUUUUGUGAGAAGAAUUCCUUGGACUGCGGCGUCGAGUCAGCUGAAAGAACACUUUGCACAGUUCGGCCAUGUCAGAAGGUGCAUUCUGCAUUUUGACAAGACGACUGGCUUUCACAGAGGUUUGGGUUGGGUUCAGUUUUCUUCAGAAGAAGAAGUUCGGAAUGUACUACAACAGGAAAAUCAUAUUAUAGAUGGAGUAAAGGUUCACACUCAAAGGCCAAAACUUUCGCAAACAUCUGAUGAUGAAGAGAAAGAUUUUUGAGCAUGCAGCCUAUUAAUAAAGUUAACAUAACUGAGAA